GAGUAGUGUUUCAGCAGUGCUUUAAAUAGAUAUAAAGUCAUCAUUAUUAUGAUCUGAUUACCAGAAGCGUAGUAAUUAAAAGGCACACCCUGACAUUAUCAUCGCAUCGCGUCGAUACCAUAAUACCUCACACGCCUUUCUCGCUAUUUCUGGCUCGUUCUCACUGUUUACUCCCAUCGAGCGAGCCUAUCCACGCCGAGCGCGCUCCCGCCCCGGACUACAACUCCCACAAUGCACCGGGCCUCGCCCUUCAUCGCUCGCGUGCCAGUGUGACAGCACCGCCUCAGACGCGUGAAACGCGCGAGUAAAGCAGCUCUAAAAGUCACGGAAAGUGACAUAAAAUGUGUUUAAUCGGCUUUCCUGCGAAACGGACGCCUGCAGCCGCGCGUUAGUUUGACGCGAGCGGGUUUUUAAUGUGGAUGGUGACUGGCUGCUGUUUAUGUAACGUUAAGUGGAUGGUGACUGGAGUUCAUCGCUUCAUCAUAUGUUUGUUUAUGAGUUUAGCAGACCAACAGCAUGGGAAUGUUUGAGCAGAUCGUCUUCAGAUUCCGCUGAAGUCGGUGUUUUUCUCGUGAUUUAACGCAGAGAGCUACAACAGGUGCUUUCAGACAGUCAGGUUUGGUUGUGAGUGUGUGUGUGUGUGUGUGUGUGUGUGUGUCGGGCCGGCGAGCCCCGUGUACUCUGGUGUGUAUGAAUGGAUCAGGUGGGCAUGGGGAAUGCAGAACACCAGGGGGCGCUGACAAAGGGCGAAGUGCUGCCCCGCCCCGCCUCCAGCCAAUCAGAGGGUUUUAAACAGGGUCGCACAGUCUUGAACUCUCUGCUCUCGGGGGCGUUCGCAGGAGCCGUGGCCAAAACAGCCGUCGCCCCGCUGGACCGAACCAAGAUUAUCUUCCAAGUGUCGUCGAAUAGAUUCUCUGCGAAGGAGGCGUACAGGUUGAUUUACCGCACGUAUCUGAAGGAUGGCUUCUUCAGUCUGUGGAGGGGAAACUCGGCCACCAUGGUGCGUGUUAUUCCAUACGCCGCCAUCCAGUUCUGCGCUCAUGAACAAUACAAGAGGAUUCUGGGACAGUAUUACGGCUUCCAGGGCAAAGCUCUGCCGCCGGUGCCGAGGCUGCUGGCUGGUUCGCUGGCGGGAACCACGGCUGCCAUGAUCACAUAUCCGCUGGACAUGGUCCGAGCUCGCAUGGCCGUCACACCCAAAGAGAUGUACAGUAACAUCCUGCACGUGUUCGUCCGAAUCUCUCGUGAGGAGGGGCUGCAGACGCUCUACAGGGGGUUUACUCCCACAAUCCUCGGCGUCGUGCCGUAUGCGGGACUCAGCUUCUUCACCUACGAGACGCUCAAGAAAAUCCACGCAGAGCACACGGGUCGCUCUCAUCCGUUCUCGUACGAGCGUCUGGCGUUCGGUGCGUGCGCAGGAUUGAUCGGUCAGUCGGCCUCUUACCCGCUGGACGUGGUGCGCAGACGCAUGCAGACGGCGGGGGUCACCGGACACACCUACGGCAGCAUCUCGGGCACCAUGCGGGAGAUCGUGAGGGAGGAGGGCGUGAUCCGCGGCCUCUACAAGGGCCUGAGCAUGAACUGGGUCAAAGGGCCCAUCGCCGUCGGCAUCAGCUUCAUGACCUUCGACCUCAUGCAGAUCCUGCUGCGCAAAUUUCAGCAGUUCAGCCACAGCGCGCGGUAGCUAAAAAACAACAUUUAUAGUUUUUUUGGGUUUUAACCUGAGCAAAUGCUGCCAAUGAGGAGGACGGGAAAUACCUGGCGUCAUGUGACUAGUUUAAAGUUCUGUUUCUGAUGCAAAAGCAUAUGUGCACUGCAAAAAAUAGAUUUUUUACUUGGUAUUUUAGUCUUGUUUUCCAGUACAAAUGUCAAAACAUUUUUAAAUUAAGAUGCAUUUACUUGAGAAUCAAAAUGACUCGAGAUAUUAAGUCUUGUUUUAUGAAAAUGAAUCAAAAUUGACGCUUCAAACAAGAAGAAAAAAUAUCUGUCGUAGGGGUCAGAAACUAUUUUUUACUUCAAAGGGAAAGCUAAAUAAUUUUUCUUACUCCACUGGGACGUGUUUGUUCUUGUUUUACUUCAUUUGGAUGAAUUCUUUAAAAAAACUAUUUAUUGUGCAUCGUUUUGCAUGCAUCUUGAUUUAAGAAUGUUUUGAGAUUUGUACGGGAGAGCAAGACAAGAACACAGGUCAGAAGCUGAUUGCUGCGGUGUGUGUUUCCGUCUCAGACUGAACGCUGUGGAAGUGCGAUACUGACUGAAAGUGUGUCUGGAAACACUAUUUUCUUCAUUGUCCUGAUUUAUGUGUGUGUUUUCACACACAUCAGGGGCUUUGAUGAAGACACACACAUGCAUUUUGAGUUUACAGCACGCGUGUGUGUGUGUGUGUGUGUGUGUGUGUGUGUGAACAGCAGAGGGCGUUUAUCUGUCACGUUCAUAUCAGGGUGAAUCUCAUGAAAACAGUCAACUCGUCCAGGUCAUAUUUUACUGUAAAAUGAAAAAAUAAUAAUUAUAAUCAUAUUUGGAAUUUUUUUUAGUUAUAUUUGUAGAAUAUUUUAAAUUCUAUUUUACAUAAAGAGCAUGUAGCCUGAUGUAGAACCAUUAUGAUUUUUUGACACAUUUUUUUACAACAGUUAAAUGCUUUUCCCUCAAAUUAUGUAUUUAAAAGUAUAAAGGUACUUUACAUUACGGUAGUACUAAUAAUUUAAAUUUCUAAUUAAAAUGAUACAUUAUAUCAUUAUUAUA